GAAAGUAAAAGACCCAAAUGGAUAAUCAAAUAGUGGUUUCUGACUACGCCCAGAUGGAUCGAGUGCUGCGAGAAGAAAGAGCCUAUAUUUUAAAUUUAGUGAAGCAAAUUAAAAAAACAGGAUGUAAUGUCCUUCUCAUACAGAAGUCUAUUCUAAGAGAUGCUCUUAGUGAUCUUGCAUUACAUUUUUUGAACAAAAUGAAGAUUAUGGUGAUUAAGGAUAUUGAAAGAGAAGACAUUGAAUUCAUUUGUAAGACAAUUGGAACCAAACCAGUUGCCCAUAUUGACCAAUUCACUGCUGACAUGCUGGGUUCUGCUGAGUUAGCUGAGGAAGUCAAUUUAAAUGGUUCUGGCAAGCUGCUCAAGAUUACAGGCUGUGCCAGCCCUGGAAAAACAGUUACAAUUGUUGUUCGUGGCUCUAACAAACUGGUGAUAGAAGAGGCUGAGCGCUCCAUUCAUGAUGCCCUAUGUGUUAUUCGCUGUUUAGUGAAGAAGAGAGCUCUUAUUGCAGGAGGUGGUGCUCCAGAAAUAGAGUUAGCCCUACGAUUAACUGAAUAUUCACGAACAUUGAGUGGUAUGGAAUCCUACUGCAUUCGUGCUUUUGCAGAUGCUAUGGAGGUCAUUCCAUCUACACUAGCUGAAAAUGCUGGCCUGAAUCCCAUUUCUACAGUAACAGAACUACGAAACCGGCAUGCCCAAGGAGAAAAAACUACAGGCAUUAAUGUCCGAAAGGUAAUAAUUUAAUCUUUAGUUAUUGCAGAGAA